AUAAGAAUACUUUCUGGUUUAUUUUACAAAUCCAAAUGUCUAACAGGCAGAAGAAGCCCAGCAGCACAAUUUGCUAAGGAAAACCGUCGCGUUUGAUCCGAGGAAAACCGUCGAACACCUCAUAUGCAGUAACAGUAGCACGUAACAUGGUCCAUCCUUCCCGCUCUUUCCAGCUCUAAACUAAAACCCUAGCUUCCCUCGUAUUUGUUCUGUAAGCAUUCACCACUCACUCGUUUGCAGUAACCGUUUGCUGUAACAAUGAAUUCCAUGGAAGAACACGAUGUCGGCAUCUCCUGCUAUAUUUCCAACCUUCCUGGCUUCCGUGGAGUUUUAAAGCAAAGGUAUUCUGAUUUUAUUGUAAAUGAAGUAGACAUAGAUGGUAAAGUUGUUGAGCUAUCCUCACUGGAAGCCUCUGCUGAGGAAUCUAAGGUUCCGGUCGAUGAAUCAAAGAGUGUUCAGGAAAAUAAAACCAAUACAUCUGAAUCUGAAGUUAUAAGUUAUGCCUCUCAAAUAGAAUCUUUUAAGUCUCUUGCUGGGGAAUCUGAUGCGUCCAGUUUGGAAGAAUUUAUUAAUCAAAUUAAUGUUGGCGGCGAAGACAGUCCCUCUCCUAUUAUUCUUUCUCCAGAUUCUGAUAAAUCCCAUCGAACGGCAGUGCAUGUUUUCUUUAGGGAAAACUUCAAGUUCCUGGUCACUGACACAGUCGAUGGACCAGAUGCAUCCUCAAAAUGCAUCCGCGUGAGAUUGAAUUCUGGUGGACCCAACAACAAAGGCAAAAACUCCAGGAAACGCAAAGAUAGAGAUAAUAAGCCUUUUGACAGCAGAGGUUCAGAAAAUUGGCCAGAAAAUGCUGGCAAAUUUCUUAGGUUUCAUCUUUUUAAGGAGAACAAAGAUACCCAGGAAGCUUUGGGGGUGCUUGGAAAUAUGCUUGGCAUCAAGUCGAGAUCAUUUGGAUUUGCGGGUACAAAAGAUAAACGUGCCGUCACAACCCAAAGGGUUACUGUUUAUAAGCAACAAGCAAGAAAGCUAGCUUCCCUUAAUGAGAAGUUGUUUGGUAUUAAAGUGGGCGAUUUCUGUUAUGUUAAUGAAGGACUUUGUCUUGGUCAGCUCUUGGGAAACAGAUUUACAAUCACAUUGCGAGGUAUUGUUGCAGAUUCUGUAGAUACCAUAAAAGCGGCUGCAGAUUCCUUAGGACGGCAUGGCUUCAUCAACUACUUUGGUUUACAACGUUUUGGAAGUGGUUCUGUGCCCACUCACCGUAUUGGAGCUGCAUUAUUCCGCGGGGAAUGGAAACUUGCUGUGGACUUGAUCCUUGAUCCAAGAGAUGGGGAAAGAUAUGUAAUAGCCAAGGCACGCAAGUACUAUAAAGAUACUAAUGAUGUCGCUGGAACACUUAAGCAGUUGCCUCAAUUCUUAGUUGCUGAAAGGGCUGUGCUGAAAAGUUUAAAACAAUUUCCUGGAAACUACUUGCAGGCUUUGAAAUCUAUUCCACGAACUUUAAGAAUGAUGUAUGUACACAGUUAUCAAAGCUAUUUGUGGAACCACGCAGCAAGUACAAGGGUGCAAAAAUAUGGAACCGAACAAGUAGUAUUAGGAGACUUGGUAUACUGUAAAGAAAAUCCUCCUAGUAAAGCUACAGAGAUUGUUGGAUCUGAAUGUGAUGAUGACUGCGGUGAUAUUUAUGAUUCUAAUAUUGAAGAUGAAAUCCCUGAAGAUAUUCAUGACAAAAGUAAUAGUUCUGUAAAGGCUGUGAAUGCUGAAGAUCUAAAUUCAAAAAGUUAUACAAUUGAUGAUGUCAUCCUUCCUAUGCCAGGUUCACGGUCAAUUUAUCCAGCCAAUGAUAUUGUCAAAGUGUAUAAUGAUUUGACAAAUAAAGAUGGAAUCAGUUUAACCGAGAAUGUGCAUAAUGCUAAGGAAUUCUCGAUGACUAGUGUUACUGGAAGUUACAGGAGGGUUUUUCAGAAACCAAUCAACUUUGAAUGGGAGUUACUUACAUAUACUGAUAGUAAUAAGCCACUGGUAGAGACAGAUUUAGACAAAAUUGGGAAGUCUAAACGUACAAAUGUCCAUGCAGUGGGUGCAUCAAAUGGCCAAAAGGAAACAACAGCCUUUGAUUGCAUUAGGCAAGUAGAGAGCUCUGAUGAUGGUGUAAAGGUUGAGACUGAUUAUGAUGAGAAUGCAAGCAAGGAAGUAAUAUUACCACAUGAUGAAUCUGUCCCUGACUCCAGCUCUAAAGAUUCCCAUACUGCUCUAAAAUUGACCUUUACUCUUCCUUCUUCAUGUUAUGCAACAAUGGCGAUAAGAGAGCUUCUGAAGACUUCAACAUCUGUUGCAUAUCAGAAGACAUUAAACCAGUAAUAAUCAUAGAGAACACUAAAAACAGAAGUUUCAGCUCAAAUUUUACUAAAUUUCAGUGGAUGGCUGGAUGUUACGUGUCUUGUUGGAAGAAAUAGAGCGAUAUACUCUCCUGGUUCUCUAUAUUUUGCAGGAGAGAAGUGAUAUGAUUGUUUCUGCUGAAAUUUAUAGUUGAAGUCUUUCAAGUGCUGUUAGUAAUAGUUUUAUUUAAAGAUUUCCAUUUACUUGAUUUUAGUGCGUUGAGAUUGUGCACGCUCUUUUACUUCCUCUUUUGUUUUUUAGCCGCAACACCCCAUUCAUAUGCUUUCUUUAUACACAUGAUAAAAGAAAUGUUUAACUGAAGUCUGCUUAAUAAUACUAGAAAUAUCUGCUCUCUUCAUCGAUAAACAAUUUAGGAUUUAAUUCACAUA